AUGAAACGAACACCAAGCCAUGAUGAUAUGUCCCAUGAAAGAUGUUCGGAACAUACAUCCGAAUCAACAUUCCAUUGUCCGAAAGAGACACUUGUGAAAGAAAAUUCUACUGCUCAACCAUCAUCAUCAUCUUCGGAGUGUAUGAAUUCCAAGAAACAAAAAUUGGAGGACUCCUCAUAUCCCUAUGAUACCCACCAUCAAAUUAUUCCUCAUAAUCCACAAUAUAGAUAUUUCAUUGAACAUGACAUUUUCAGAAUUGUUUCAAAAUAUUUUCCUAAAUUAAGACAAUUAAAACAAGACACGCCAGUUCCAAUUCCAAAUUCCGAUAAGGAUUUAGAAAUGUUUGAAAACGUCAAAAAUUCUGACAGCAAUAAUUCAACACUUUUAAACGAAAAAGAGAAAAACACGGAAAAGCAACGCUACGCUGUUCAACGACGAAUUGCAUUUUUAUUAAUUGAUCACGUUUUUAAGCAGUGUUAUAAUCGUUGUUGCCCUUUUUGUUGGUUACCGAUUGAUUUUUGUGCUUGCAAAUCCUUUAUAUAUGCAUGGAGAGAGAAUACACAUUUGAGAUUUAAUGAUUCAACGUUGAAUUUAGGAUAUAGUAAGCAUAACAAGCCUAACGAAUCGCAAAUUCAAGAAAUGAUGGAAAUUGUAAAACAUUCUGAGCAGUCCUCUCCUCUUCAAAAUUCAGAACCACAUUUGAAAUUUAUAUUAUUAAUGCAUGCAAAGGAAUUUUUUAGAAAAUCAAAUACUGGUAAAGUGUUAAUGGAUACUUUACCAGACGGUUUUGUUGAAAUAUAUCUAGUAGAUGUGGAAGAGCAUGAACGAGAAUUUUGUGAAAAAUACCAUCUCAAGCCAGGAGAUAAUUUUGAGGACAAUUUAACUUUUUUACUUUUUCCAUCAGACGAUGCUCGAGAUUUGGAUGAAAAUUUUAUAAAAUCUAUUAAGGAAAAGCAAGAACAGUUGUCUUCAUCACUGCUCAACCACUCUGCAAAUACUGUGCAAAAACAACCUAGAAAGCCCAUCAAUUUAAUUUUAAUUGAUAGUACUUGGCAACAAACUAAGCAUGUCUUAAAACGACUAUGCAACAAGGAAAAUCUGCCACGUGUCAAAUUUGAUCAAAGCAAGGUGGUUCAUCUUUACGAACAAAAAGAACCAAUUUUUAAUUCUCUUAGAAAGCAAACAGAACAAGACAGAACGUCCACAUUAGAGUGUGCCUUGUUGUGCAUGUUUUUAUUUGAUUUAUAUAGCAAUGAGUUCAGCAAACCAUUAAUACAUAACUUGAAAACAUUGGUGGUAUUAAUGCACAAGAUGUGUCAUAAGGCAUUAGAUUUGCACAAAAAUUAA